GAACAUACUUUAUUAACUUUAGGUUGGGAUGAUAUUGGAUACAACUUCCUUAUUGGCGAGGACGGUAAAGCAUAUGAGGGUAGAGCCUGGGACAGAAUUGGAGCACACACUUAUGGCUGGAAUGACGUAGCAAUCGCAUUCUCCAUCAUGGGAGACUACUCUAACAAACUUCCAAACGAUGCUGCAUUGCAUGCCGUCAAAGCAAUGAUUGAAUGUGGCAUACAGCUCGGCAAAAUAACACCAGAUUACAAAAUGUACGGUCAUCGUGAUGUUGGUCACACAGAAUGUCCUGGAAAUUCAUUGUAUAGUCUAAUCAACACUUGGGAUCACUAUGAUGCUAAUGUCCCUAUCAAACCUACACCAAAACCUUACAGACCCAAUUAAAUAAUUGGAGCAAUCAUAUCAAUUAAGCAAGUUUAGAAUUAAACACAAAAAAUUGUUUGAAAACCACACAGUUUAAACUCAAUUUCUACCAUGUAAUACACAUGUAGCGUUAAAACUUCUUGUUGAAAUAAAUCGUUCUUUGAAACAGUAAUGUGUGAGUGUAUAUAAAAAUCUUUUUAAGCAUUUGUGAGUAGAUAUUUUACAAUAUUAAUGUUCUCCAACAGAUAAAAUUCUUGAUACUUUAUCUUGUUCAUGCUUUAACUAUAUAUCUUAGAUAAACUGGAUCUAAAAAAAUGAUAAUAAACUAAUACAAUUAUAGUAACAAAGAAAAUACA